CACGGGUACAGUUAUUGGCAUCCUAAAACUGUUAAUUUAAUAAAUAGUUAUGUGUAUGACUUAUAAGAGUUUUUUUUUUAUACAUAAUUGGCGACACUGGUCAAGUUUCGCUCCAAAUUGUUAUCUUUAUUAUUUGAUUGCGUUUAGUUUAUAUUUUACCAAACAGCAAACGGACGUCUCGGCUCGUAUUCAAAACAGUCAUGCCGAAAAAAAGAGAAAAUUUUUGUCAGUUAAAUAUAACUGCUGCAGUUAAUGCAGUUUUAAAUGACGGUUUAAGUAAAAAAGCAGCUGCAAAAAAAUUUGGUAUUUCAAGAUCUACUCUACAGUUUAGGCUUAAAAAUUUAAAUGGAAAAACAUCUUGUGGACCAGCAACUGUAUUGUCAGAUAAAGAGGAAGAAUUGUUACAAACUUGGAUAAUUGAAAGCUGUAAAAAAGGUUUUCCAAGAAGAAAAGAAGAUUUACAAAUGAGUGUGAAGCACUUUUUGGAUAUAAACAACAGACAUACUCCUUUUAAAAAUAAUAUGCCAGGUAAUGGUUGGUAUAGGGCAUUCAUGCAAAGACAUCCAUUGAUAUCGAUCCGAACAAGUGAACAUUUCACAACUGCCAGUGCAUGUGUUAGUGAAAAGGACAUAAAAAAAUGGUUCUCUGACAUCCAUCAAUAUCUAGUAGAUGAAAAACUUGAUGACAUAUUGUAAGAUCCCACUAGAUUAUUCAAUGGUGAUGAAACUGGAUUUUCGCUAUGUCCCAAAACCAAAUCAGUUUUAGCUCCAAAAGGAGUUAAAGAUAUUUGUGAGGUAGCAGUAGGUAAUGCUAAAGAAAAUCUUACAGUUAUGUUCACAUUUAAUGCUGCUGGUGACAUGUGCCAUCCGAUGGUAAUUUAUAACUAUCAGAGAAUCCCACAAGAUAUUGUAAAUUCUGUUCCUCCCAAUUGGGGAAUAGGUCAUUCCGAAUCAGGUUGGAUGAAAUCUGAGUUUUUUUAUGAGUUUAUUGCGAAUAUAUUUUACCCUUUUGUAGUUGAAAAGGGAAUAAAAUUUCCUAUAAUUUUAUUUGUUGAUGGCCACAAAAGCCAUCUUACCUAUCAAUUAAGUGAGUUAUGUACAAGUUUAAAUAUUAUAUUAAUUGCGUUAUAUCCAAACUCCACUAGAAUUUUACAGCCAGCUGAUGUGGCUGCAUUUCGACCACUUAAAUCUGGUUGGAAAAAAGGUGUGUUUGAGUGGAGAAAAGACAAUAAUUUAAGUACAGCUGUAACUAAAAAAUAUUUUGCCCCUAUAUUAAAAAAGGUAAUUGAUGAAACUGUUAAAGCAGAAACUUUAAUUAAUGGUUUUAAAGCUUGUGGAUUGUACCCUUGGAAUCCUGAUUCUAUUGAUUUUAAAAAAUGUCUUGGUACUAAUACAAAAAAAACUGAAUUGUCAACGAAAUUAAUAAUACACAAUAUCAAUGUCCUCUUACUCUUGAACAAUUUUGUAAUACUGUAAGUCCUGAAUGUAUUAAAAAGUUUGAAAAUUUUAAUGAUAUUGUUAAAUCUAAUGUUAUUAGUGAAGAAUUUCAUGCAUUAUAUAAAUUGUAUCAAUUACUUAAAUCUA